AUGCUGCCUCACGUGCCCCGCAUGAGCGUCCGUUCCACCUGGUUCGCCGUGUUCGCCGUGUGGCUGGUGUCCAUGCUGCUGGCCAUCCCUGCCGCCAUGUACUCCAAAGCCGCCAGCUACAUCUGGAAAGGAGGGACCUUCUGUGUGCAGGGGCAGUGUCACGGCUCGAAGGGGCAGUGUCACGGCCCGAUUGGGCAGCGCCACGACUCGAAGGGGCAGUGCCACGGGCCGAUUGGGCAGCGCCACGGCUCGAUGGGGCAGUGCCACGGCCUAAUUGGGCAGCGCCACGGCUCGAAGGGGCAGUGCCACGGCUCGAUGGGGCAGUGCCACGUCCCGAUUGGACAGCGCCACGGUCCGAUGGGGCAGUGCCACGGCCCGAUGGGGCAGUGCCACGGCCCGAUGGGGCAGUGCCACGGCCCGAUUGGACAGCGCCACGGCUCGAUGGGGCAGUGCCACGGCCCGAUUGGACAGCGCCACGGUCCGAUGGGGCAGUGCCACGGCCCGAUGGGGCAGUGCCACGCCGGGGAGCGCGGUGAUAGACCACCAGUGCAGUCUACAUAUAGGCAAAAGGCAGGGACCGUUGUGACCGAGUCCAGCGUCCCAGCAACUCGAAAGUUAUGA